UUAUCGAGAGGCAAAAUCGGCGGCUGUCGGCGCGGAGCGAGCUCGCGUUCCGUGCCGGCGGCUGGGACUCCUCAUCCGCCUCUGGCCAUGGGGCUGCAGCCCCGGCGCGCCGCGGGGCCCUGCCCGCCGGCAGGGAGAAGCGCCGCCCUGCCCGGAGCGCGCUCCGCUCCUCCCUGGGCCCGCAGCGACGAGCCGGAGGGAACUCCCGGGCGCCCCGCCACGCUGCCGCCCCUCCUGCCGGCCAUCCUGCCGACCCCAUCCGCUUCCCCCGCUGCCGCCCGGGCGCAGCCCAAGAAGCCGCCGCCGGCCGCCUCGGCCCCCAAGAAGGCAGCGCCUCGGCCCUCAGAGGAGAAGGCGGCGAGGAAGGCGCGGGGGGCGCCCCCGGAGCGGCCGGGCCCCCUCUCCAGCUCCUGGCCCUGCUCGUCCCUGCAGCGGCCGCCGCCGCGGAGACCGCCGGCCGAGCGGGCGGCGCGGCCCCAGCCCACCCCGCCGCAGCCGCGGGGCCGCCCGGGGGCGCCGGGGGCGGGCAGCCGCUCCUGCGAGAGCCUCGGCGGGGCGCCGGGGGAGGCGGCGGGGCGCUUCUCGCUCAGCCUGCCCCCGGAGGCCAUCCGGGUGCUGCAGCGCCGCAGCCUGGAGCGGCAGCGGGGGCAGCCCGCACCCUCCCCCGCCGGCAGAGCCGCCCCGGCCCGGCGCGGCGAUCUGCGCGCUCUGCUGAAGGUUUCGCUGCUCAACGACCGGCACCGCUACGACGACGAGGAGUACGAGGAGGAGGAGGCGGGGGCCGCGGCGGACGAGGGGCUGGUGCGGAAAUGCACCGAGUGGCUGCGCGGCGUGGAGAGCGCGGCCGGCCGCGACCACCCGGACCGGCUGGAGACGCUGCCGCACUUGGGCACCCUCUGAGCCCCGCCGGGAGCGGGGAGCGGUGCGGCGGGGACUGCCGGAGCGGUCGGACCGGGGGGAGGUGGGGCCGCCGUCCGCGAUGUCGUGUUCCGUGUGGUGUUGUCGGCGCCCUGGCAGCCCGGGCGGGUGGCGUCAGGGGCCGGGCAGAGCGGAGCCCCUGGCCCAGGGCCCAUCCUCGGGGCGCCGCCGCCGCCGCCGCCGCCGGGGCGAGGGACAAAGGAGCGGCGCCGGCAUCCGCCCGCCGGUGUCCGGGCGCUGGGAGGGAGGGCACCGGCUGGGGGCGUCCUGCCUCCACCCUCGCGGUUUUUUUAAAGGUUUCUGACUACUUUAUAAAAUGUGCGUAAUGGUUUUGUAUAUUUGUACAUAAAAGUUCAUUUUUAUUUAUUUGAAUAAAGGACUCUUGUGUUGCGGUA